UGAGUUGUGCCGCGCACAUCUCAACGGGUAACCUGCACUAGCAUUUAAAACCCACUCUAUCGAUCCUAGUUUUACUUGGGUAUGACAAUGCAAGCCAUAUACAGGGACGUGAUGCAAAGCUAGUCCCAGCCUCUCUUUGAAGAAGAAACCACAUGCUUCCACUAGGAUCCAGGGCCUCGAGGCGAUAGAAAAGAGUGAGAAAGUGAUCGACCUCGAGAUGGAGUUUCCUGGAAGAGAGGCGAGUCAAUCCCUCCCAGCAUCAAGUUCAGCUCUGGCUGCCAAUGAACACGCCCCCAACCCCAAGGAGAUGGAGCUGGAAAUGGCGGCAGGAGGUUACAGGAACGGAGCUCCAGAUGGCCAAGAAGCAGGCGAGGACAUGUUGCUCGAUGGCGGCAAGCUGGGCGCUCUCAGGAGGCGAGAGUUCUUCGACAAUCUUCUCAAGCGCGUCGAGGACGACAACCUCCGUUUCCUGCAGCGACAGAAGCAAAGAAUUGACAGGGUUGGUGUGAAGCUGCCAGCAAUAGAGGUGACCUAUGAAAAUCUGUGUGUGGAAGCAGAGAGCAGAUACUCCGGCGGGAGUCACCUGCCAACCCUAUGGAACAGCAUCAAGGCUUUCCUCUCAGGUCUCAUCAUGUUGUUCGGGGUAAAGUCAGAUAAAAUAAAGAUAAAUAUUCUAGAAGGUGUGAGCGGAGUCAUAAAACCCUGCAGAUUGACUCUUCUACUGGGACCUCCAGGAUGUGGAAAAAGCACACUGUUGCGAGCUCUUGCUGGUCAACUCGAUAAAUCUUUGAAGGUUACAGGGGAUAUUUCUUACAAUGGUUACCGACUUGAGGAAUUUGUGCCUGAGAAAACAGCUGCUUAUAUUAGCCAAUAUGAUUUGCACAUACCUGAUAUAACAGUAAGGGAAACUUUAGAUUUCUCUGCCCAGUGCCAAGGUGUUGGAAGUAGAGCUGAAAUACUCGAGGAAGUGAGCAAAAGGGAGAAGGUGGCUGGGAUAAUACCCGAUCAUGACAUCAAUCUAUACAUGAAGGCGACCGCAGUUGCAGCUUCAGAGAAAAGCCUACAAACAGACUACAUUUUGAAGAUCAUGGGGCUAGACAUGUGUGCAGACACUAUGGUUGGGGAUGCAAUGAGAAGAGGAAUAUCAGGGGGUCAGAAGAAAAGACUAACAACAGCGGAAAUGAUCGUUGGACCAGCAAAAGCUUUUUUCAUGGAUGAAAUAUCCAAUGGUUUGGAUAGCUCCACUACUUUCCAAAUAAUCAAGUGCUUUCAACAACUGGCAAAGAUCAAUGAAUGCACCAUGCUUAUUUCACUUCUUCAACCAACACCUGAGGUAUUUGAUCUAUUUGAUGACCUAAUCCUAAUGGCAGAAGGAAAGAUUAUCUAUCAUGGGCCUCGAAACGAAGCUCACAAUUUUUUUGAGGGAUGUGGCUUCAGAUGCCCAGAGAGAAAAGGGAUGGCGGACUUUCUCCAAGAGGUAUUGUCCAGAAAGGACCAAAGGCAGUACUGGUAUGGUACAGAUGAAUCUUACAGAUACAUUUCUUCUCAUCAACUAUCGAGCAUGUUUAGAAGAUAUCAGAAACAGAGAAAAUUAGAAGAGCCCUCUGUACCUCAGAGAAGCACAUCGGGCAAGAAAUCUUUAUCAUUUAAUAAAUAUUCACUACCAAAACUGGAAUUGUUCAAAGCGUGUGGCGCAAGGGAGGCACUCUUGAUCAAAAGGAGUAUGUCUGUUUAUGCAUUCAAAACUGUGCAGCUCUCCACUAUUGCAAUCAUUACAAUGUUUGUAUUCUUUCGAAGUCAUAUGACAACAGAUUUAACACAUGCUCAUUACUACAUGGGAGCAUUAUAUUAUUCCAUCUUCAUCAUUAUUCUAAAUGGCAUACCAGAGAUAAGCAUGCAAAUUGCUAGACUGCCAAGUUUCUAUAAGCAAAAAAGCUAUCAUUUUUAUCCUUCGUGGGCAUAUGCAAUACCUGCGUCGAUCAUGAAGGUCCCUAUCUCCUUACUAGACUCACUCAUAUGGAUAUGCAUCACUUAUUAUGGUAUUGGUUACACAGCUACAGCUUCCAGGUUCUUCUGCCAGUUUCUGAUAUUUUCUCUUCUCCAUCAAUCAGUAACAUCAAUGUAUCGAUUUAUUGCUGCUCAUGCUCAAACACAUAUUUUGAGUUUCUUCUACUCAUUUGUAUCCCUAGCAUUCUUCCUAGUGUUUGGAGGCUUCAUUCUUCCCAAAUCCUCUAUGCCAGGAUGGUUAAGCUGGGGAUUUUGGAUAUCUCCAUUGACCUAUGCAGAAAUCAGCACAGCCAUAAAUGAAUUCCUUGAACCAAGAUGGCAAAAGGAAAUUAUGCAAAAUAAAACAAUAGGAAACCAAAUCUUGAUUAACCAUGGCCUCUACUACAGUUGGUAUUUUUAUUGGAUAUCUGUUGGAGCCCUUAUUGGAUUCAUCAUUUUGUUUUACAUAGCUUUUGGACUAGCACUGGCUUAUAGAAGGCCUAUAAAAGCAUAUCAUGGAAGCAUUCCUAGGAAGUUCUUUGCUAAAGUACAGGAAGAAGAGAUCGAUAUCCAAAAAGAAUCUAAUGAUCAUGCAAACAUGACCCAAGAAGCAAAGAUGGCUAUGCCUACUAUGCAACUUGCACUUACGUUCCGCAAUCUCAACUACUAUGUAGACACACCACCGGGAAUGCUGAAACAAGGCUACUCGGCUAGAAGAAUUCAACUAUUAAACAGCGUCACCGGUGCAUUCCGUCCUGGUGUUCUUUCUGCACUAAUGGGUGUUAGUGGAGCUGGGAAGACAACUCUCCUAGAUGUAUUGGCAGGAAGGAAAACUGGAGGGUAUACUGAAGGAGACAUAAGAAUAGGUGGACAUACCAAGGUGCAAGAAACAUUUGUCAGAAUAUUAGGUUAUUGUGAGCAAGUUGACAUACAUUCUCCACAGCUUACAGUUGAAGAAUCUGUAGCUUAUUCAGCUUGGCUUCGCCUGCCUUCACAGGUUGAUGAAAAAACAAGAUCUGAAUUUGUGGAUGAAGUACUCAAAACUGUUGAGUUAGAUGACAUAAAAGAUGCUUUAGUCGGGAGGCCAGGAAUAAAUGGAUUAUCCUUGGAGCAGAGGAAAAGAUUAACAGUUGCAGUCGAACUGGUUUCAAACCCAUCAGUCAUAUUAAUGGAUGAACCAACAACAGGAUUAGAUGCUAGAUCAGCUGCAAUUGUCAUACGUGCGGUGAAAAAUAUUUCUGAAACAGGAAGGACAGUUGUAUGUACAAUCCAUCAGCCUAGCACUGAAAUUUUCGAGGCAUUUGAUGAGCUUAUAUUAAUGAAAAAUGGCGGGAAAAUAAUCUACAGUGGGCCAAUAGGAGAGCAAUCUUGCAAAGUGAUUGAGUACUUUGAGAAAAUUUCUGGUGUCCCAAAAAUAGAGAGAAAUUGCAACCCUGCUACAUGGAUAAUGGAUGUAACAUCGGUGUCGAUGGAGUUUCAACUCAACAUAGACUUUGCAAGUGCCUACCAAGAAUCGCCACUGCACAGGGAUAGGCAAGAGCUUGUUGAGCAACUAAGCAACCCGCUACCAAAUUCAGAAAAGCUAUGUUUCUCUUGUCGUUUCCCGCAAAAUCAAUGGGGGCAAUUUAAAGCUUGCUUAUGGAAACAGAAUAUAACCUACUGGAGAAGCCCUCAAUAUAAUCUAAAUCGUAUGGUGAUGACAAUAGUGAUAGCCUUGAUCUUCGUAGUAUUGUACUGGAGGCAUGCAAAGAUAUUAAACAAUGAGCAGGAUCUAUUCAAUGUUCUUGGUGCAAUGUAUCUGGGGGUUAUACAACUUGGCGUUUACAAUGAUCAGUCAAUUAUAUCAUUCAGUACAGUGGGGCGCAUUGUAAUGUACCGUGAGAAAUUUGCAGGAAUGUACUCCUCCUGGGCAUAUUCAUUUGCACAGGCUGCAAUAGAGAUUCCUUAUGUAUUUAUCCAAGCGUUACUCUAUACAGUCAUCGUCUACCCAACAAUUGGCUAUUAUUGGACAGCAUACAAACUCCUAUGGUUCUUCUACACCACCUUUUGCUCAGUUCUUUCCUAUCUUUAUGUUGGAUUGCUGCUUGUUUCAGUAACCCCAAAUGUUCAAGUAGCCACCAUAUUUGGAUCAUUUUUCAACACAUUCCAGACACUAUUCUCGGGAUUCAUUUUACCAGCACCUCAAUUCCCAAAGUGGUGGAUCUGGCUCUAUUACCUUACCCCUACAUCUUGGAUACUCAAUUCGCUAUUGACCUCCCAGUACGGAAACAUAGACAAAGAAGUCAAAGUAUUUGGAGAAGCCAAAACUGUUGCUGUUUUCUUGAAUGACUAUUUUGGGUUUCAUCAAGACAGGUUGAGCAUAGUAGCUGUUGUUAUCACUGCUUUCCCUAUUGUAUUGAUUAUCCUUUACUCUCUGUCAGUUGAAAAAUUGAACUUCCAAAAGAGGUAAACAUGUUCCGGUACACAUUUGAAUUGUAUGCGUAUGAAAAAGAACGGAACUUGUGUAACAGUCAUGCAACUGAUAAAAGAAUAAUUUACACCUAUUUGUUA